ACUUUUAGCAAAAUCUUCGCAGAAAGCCUAGAAAAACGCCUGCUUUAUCUUCUCCGAUGGACCCUUAUGAUGAACAGAGAUUGAGGAAUGAAGUUAUAUACCUCCACGGUCUUUGGCAUCAGGGUCCUCCCAGAAACCAGAACCCUAGGCCUAAUUACAUCCAUAAUCCAUCAAUGAACCUCCAUCGUACCAACCCCACCGCCAAUUUCAAGAGGAGACACGGACCCAGAAACCGAAUUCACACGACCAACAAGAAGAAUGCUUCGGCAGGAUCUGUGCCAGUACUGCAAGCAGACCCAGGUCCGGAAUGGCCUGUUAAGCCGCAGGCAGAUGUUCCAGCGACUUGGCCCCAAUUUAAACCCAAGCAGGAUCAGCCAAGUCGACCCCUUUCAGAUGAAGAGCAGACCAAAUUGACAUCAAUGAGAAUACAGCAAAAGGCUCUUGAUGCCUGCCGAGGGUUCUUCAAAAAUAGAGUUGAUCGUGAUCGAGACGAUGAUGGAGAGAGUGAGGAUUUUGAGUGUGGAGAUGAAGAUUACCUGCUGGAGAAGGAUGAGAUUGAUGGGAGUGAAGAGUACAAGUUUUUUCUGGAUAUGUUCAUUACCAAUGGAGAGUUGAGGAGUUUCUAUGAGAUGAAACAUGAAUGUGGGGAGUUUUUUUGCUUGGUUUGUGGUGGCAUUGGUGAAAAGAUUGGCAAGAACUACAAGGGUUGUUUAGGACUCAUGCAGCAUUCAAUGGCAAUAUCAAAAACAAAAAGAAGAGUAGCUCACAGAGCUUUUGGACAGGUUAUCUGUAAGGUACUUGGAUGGGACAUUGAUAGGCUGCCUGCUGUUGUGCUGAAGGGGGAGCCCCUUAGUCGUUCUCUGGGAAAUUCAAAGGAGACACAGGAAGAUUUGAAUGUUGUCAAGGGCACUAUGGAUUCUGUUAACGACAGUGGUGGUGAGUCAGUUGAAAAAGAGGUGUGUACUGUUGCUCAGGGUACUGGUGAAUUGAUGACUUUUGUGGGUUCCUUGGAAGAAAAUAAUGCCCGUGGCCGUGCUGAAAAGCUCGUAGUUGGAACUUCAGGUAUUCAAUCAAAUGAAGAAAUAGCCGUUGAUUGUGUGGUUACAAGCACUGAAUGGCCAAGCAUAAAGCCUGUUAGAGAGUCCCUGUCAAAAACUAUGGAGUGGCCCACCUUUGAGCCUCGCACAGCUCCAGAGACUAAUGUCACUUCUGCUGAAGAACAAGUGAGAUUGAACAUGCUGCAGUUACAGCAGAGGGCUUAUGAGGCUUGCAGACAAUUCUUUGUUAAAUCUGCUGGAUUAGAUGGUGAUGAGGAUGACAGCGAAGAAGAUGAUGAUGAAGAUGAUUUGAUGGAUGAAGAUGGAUCUAAAGAAUCUGAAGUGUAUAACUUCUUUCUGAGACUCUUUACUGAGAACAGUGAGCUCAGGAGUUACUAUGAGAAUAACGUUCGAGGCGGUGAGUUCUAUUGUUUGGUCUGUGGUGCAAUUGGGAAGAAGGUUUGGAAAAGGUUUAAAGAUUGUCUGGGGCUUCUUCAGCAUUGCACUGCUAUAUCAAACACAAAGAAAAGGCAAGCUCACAGAGCUUUUGGACAGGUUAUUUGCGUGGUGCUUGGUUGUGAUAUUGAACAUCUUCCAGCAAUUGUGUUAAAGGGCAAACCUCUCAGUUGUUUACUGACAAAGUCAGGCAUGCCUGAGUCUGGGCUUGACAGCAACACUUCUCGUAACCCGAUAGAGUUAGGUGCUCCUAAGAACAAUACAAAUUCUGAAUCAACUUUGACAGAGGAUGUUGAUGCACUGCAGAAGAAUGAGAUGUUGAUAACCAGUGAGGUUAGCAACUCAGACAAAUUGAAGAGUUCUUUAAAUGAAGACUGCAACAAAGACAAUACUUUUGACACUGUAGCUCCAGAUUUGAUAGCGAAUGAGGAGGCAACACUGCAACAGUGAAUUAUCUGAAUCAUUCAACGGAAAGUGGAGUUAGAAAAUGAAGUUGAUAUUCAACAAAAUGAUUCCCGUAUUGGUCACAUGAAGGAAGACUGCAAUUUGAAAUGAAGAUAUGCUGUCAAUGAAAUUUUGUAGACGAUGAAAGUUAACAUUGCAGAAUGAACAUUUUGGAUGGUGGGAUGACUUUUUGAUGCAAAUGAUAAUUUAUAAUCACCACCCUUAACCUCAAUUAUGCGUUUGUAAAAGCCAUAUUGAAUUAUCCCAGUCCAAUAUGAAGAGGGAUGAUAAAAAUCCUGUGCUCAUCAUGGAUCAAUUACAGUGAAAUCUUUUUGUCUCAGAGCUUACAGUGUGGCUCUCGUUUGAAUAUACGAGGGUCAUGACCCAUUGAGCUAAGUGCUGCUUGAAUUGUGAAUAUGGUAGAGCUAUGUGGGUGAGAACUAUUGUUAGCUCAAUCACAUGCUCAUCCCAAGAAACUAGCUUAAUAAGUGUGAAUGUCUAGAAGCUCAAGAUGCUUACAGUUACUUUCUUUCUACAUCCGUAGCCCUACUAUAUUCAUACGACCAUUGUUAAAUUAAUUUCUAAGUGCAAA